CUCUGGUGCUUCAGUUUUGACCAGCCUUUUAUCUUUCUCAGUCCCGGUUAUUAGUGUGCAGUGUGGCAGGUUUGUAGUAAGAAAAGUAGGCCUAAUUGUUGGGGUCAACUCGGUCCUAAACGAGUCGAUAAUCCGGAAGUGUACUUUGUUGAGUAUGCCGUCAUCAUACAGGAGAAGAGGCAUCCUGUGGUGGACCCCGCUGGAGUGCCAGGAACCGAGCCAGGGAAGAGGAAAAUACUUUUCGCAGCAAAGUGUCAUUGUGGAUACAAAGCCAGCGGCAGAGGAACGUUUGUAGCGGAGUAGACGCUGUGGGCUGCUAGCAUUAGCAGCUGUGGUGCUGGCAAAAGAACCCGGGGUGGGGGUAAUUGGAACCAGAGGUGGAGGUGCAAGCAGCGCUGGCUCCGCUGUGUGCCAACACAGAGAUGUGCUGUGAAUGUGACACCGAAGGAAAUAGAGUGGCUCGGCUAGCAAACGCCAGCUAGCUAGCCAACUAGCCGAUUAGUGCUGCACAUUGAUGUGUCAUUUCCACUCAAGAUGCGAGCAGCAUCGACUCGUUCAGAUCGGCAUGUGAGAGGGUAAUGGCUGAAGGAUAACCUCCAAGGAGUUACAUUCCCUCAACCCAACGUGACCCUCUUUCCCCUUUUUUUUUAACUUUCAUCUGCCCUUUUGCAACCUCCCCUGCCUAAACCUCUAAGUCCUGUCUCAGCUCAGUACACAAUCUCUAUGGGAUUUCAUGGAAUGCAUGCAUUCCACAGUAGGACCAUGUAGAUUCAUUUUAAAUUGUACAGCCCUCCUCCUGACUUCCUCCUGACCAAAAGACAGUAUGACUCUCAAAUUUGAAUUACAAUGUGACCGGAUAUCAAGCCUGUCUUGAUUCUCACUCUGGUUCCAUCACUUGUUCCCUACCUGCAGCCUCUUCCACUACCCCAUCCCUUUUCUCCUGUCAGUGGGCCAUGGUGCGCAAGAAAGGUUCUCUUAUACUAUGCGGUGCUUUUCUGUUUAUCGCCUGGAAUGCUUUGCUUCUACUUUAUCUUUGGGGUCGCCCUCCCAUUGGUCGCCUCGGAGAAGGUGGUGGAGCCGAACCAGGAGGAAAGGAGGAGUGGGGGGGCAUGAGCAGAGGGAAAGGAGGCCGGGUCAACCUGGCCGGGGAGGUGAUCCGGCUGGCAGAAGAAGUCGAAAUCCAGCUCGAGACCCAGAAGAAGCUACUGAAGCAGAUUGAGAGUUACAGGGCAGUAUGGGCUCGGCAGAAAGACAUCGGGAAAAGAGAAACGUAUGAUGGAAAAGAAGUCAAAGAACUGGUUGUCCAUCAGCCAACGAAGCCGCCACUUCCCCUCAAAGACGGCGUGGGUGACGUGGACCAAACUGAAGUAAAACAUACACAGAAGCCUGUUCAUACGAUAGCCUCAGACUUCAAAGUAGAACAGCAUCAGGCCACUGAAAAUAAGAAAGAGAUUGUUAGUAACAAUAUUUUGGCGACUUCCGUCGGCAGCCCAGAGGUCGUUAUUCCGAUUUUAGUUAUUGCUUGUGACAGAGUGACGGUAAAACGGAGCCUGGACAGACUAAUACAGUACCGCCCUUCUCCAAAACUGUAUCCUGUCAUCGUCAGCCAAGACUGUGGCCACGCCGAGACAGCUCGUGUGAUUGCCUCAUAUGGAGAUCAAGUGACACACAUAAGCCAACCAGACCUGUCAGACAUCAGGGUCCGGCCGGAGCACAGGAAGUUCCAGGGCUACUACAAAAUCGCCCGACAUUACCGCUGGGCACUCAACCAAGUGUUCAACACAUUCUCCCACUCUACUGUGGUCAUAGUGGAGGAUGACCUGGAGGUGGCACCAGACUUCUUUGAGUAUUUCCGAGCCCUGUACCCAAUCUUGCGCUCUGACCCCACCCUGUGGUGUGUUUCUGCCUGGAAUGAUAAUGGCAGAGAUGCCCUGGUGGAUCCAUCCAAAGCUGAGCUUCUUUACAGAACAGACUUCUUCCCCGGUCUGGGAUGGAUGCUGCUGAAGGAGAUGUGGGAUGAACUGGAACUCAAAUGGCCCUCUGCCUUCUGGGACGACUGGAUGCGUCAGCCAGAGCAGCGCAAGGACCGCUCCUGCAUCCGGCCGGAAAUCUCCCGGACUAUCACUUUUGGCCGGAAAGGCGUCAGUUUAGGUCAGUUCUUUGACCAGUACCUUCGCUAUAUUAAGCUAAACACUGAAUUUGUGCCUUUUACCAAACAGGAUUUAUCGUAUUUGCGAAAAGAGAAAUAUGAUGAACAGUUUAUCAAAGAGAUUUACAGUGCCCCACUGGUGAAGAUUGAGGACCUGCAACAAGGGGGCAGCUUAAAAGGCCCUGGACCGUACAGGGUGCAGUACUCCAGCCGGGAUAGUUUUAAAGUUUUUGCUCGAAAUCUGGGAGUGAUGGACGACUUGAAAUCUGGCGUUCCUCGUACAGGUUACAGGGGCAUAGUCUGUUUCCUGUAUCGGGGUCGAAGGGUGUUCUUGGCUCCACCAGAGGGCUGGACGCAUUAUGACGUCAGCUGGAGCUAAGAGACUGAUCCAGACUGUACAGUGUGAAUGGUGUUGUAGAGGGGAGAGAGCCUUACUCAGAAGGGCGCCCUCUCAGACCAAAGAAUACCACCAGAUGCAGUGGUUCAUGAAGGAACUAAAGCAGCGUAGAUGAGGCUGCACAUCAUCGGAGCUGGGCGAUCAAGUGUUGACCCAGGCCUGUUUGUUAGGGUGCUCAUUCAGGAUCAGCUGUUUAACGUCCACACAGACUUAACAAAGCGUUAAACUUUUGGAAAGGAAAAUUCCACCCUUCAACACUGUUUGAAAACAGCUACUGGCAACGUGCCUUGCUUUCUGGGCCCAUUUUCUUUGGUGUUUUUUUUUUAUUCCUGUGAAUAACUGGCCAAAUGUAGACCUAACAUCACAGCAGCUGUAUGUGCAGUUUGAUAACAGAAAAUAAUUUGAACUGUCAACAGGAAGAGCAUGUUUCAGUGUUGGUGAUGAUACACUGGAGGCCAAACACAAGCAGUGAUCAUCUCUAGAACUUUGGAGAAAAAUGUGUUAUGCUUAAAAUAGUGGGUCAUCUUUUUUUUUUUUUUUUACAUUCAGCCGUUUUUGAAAGAAGCUGUUAAAAAAGAUCUUCAGAUUGUGUUAAUGUAUAAGUCUAUAAAAUGAAUCAGAAGCAGAGAUUUGUGCAAAGGAAAAUGAAAAGCUUCUACAAUGUUUUAGAUGCUAAACAAAGGCCAUACCCAGUGCUGAACCAAGUCAUUAAAUGAACUCCUAGCCCUAAUGGUUAACAAUAGAGGUGAAAGGCUGCUUCAGCAAUGAUUGAAAGAGAAUGAAUUGCAGAGGAAGCAGAGAGACCAACUUCCCACACAACAGUAGCCCUUAUCCAGGACCAACAAAACUACCUACGACUGUCCUGCUUUGCUGUCUUCUCAAAUUCCAGCAUUUCAGUCACUGAGCAGCUCAUAACAUUUGUGAUGGGAAGAAUGUUAAAAAUAUUCAACAACAUUGAAAGAAACCUAUAAGGUGGGGACAAAUGAUGUAUGACAAGGGCAACAUAAACAGUAACAUGAUUUGGUUAGACCAGGAAUGGUCUUAUCUAUUGAAGUCACUACCAACCUGUUGUAAUGUCACAAAUAAAUCUACCUUUGUUGAUAUGUAGGAUAACCAAAAAGGAUGGAAAACUAUAAUAAGGAGGCUGAUUUUAUUCAGUGGUAUUGUUGUGAUAAACCUUCCAUUUACCAGUGGCAGCACAGAGUGCACUGCUGCUGACUAGCAGUCCUGUCAAUAACACCCGCCUGUUGCUCUGAAGAUUACCUACUAGCAGGUGAGUUUGUAUUUUUAACAUUCUUUGUAUAACACAUUUCAUGACCUGUUCAGUGACUGAGAUCUCCGAGUUCCAGGAGAUAACAGCAGGACCAUGACAUGUGGUAAGUCCAGAAUCGGGGCUACGCUUACUUCACUAGACCAGAACCUUAAGGAAAUCUGUUGUAUUUCCAUAGGGGACAAAGUUUUUGUUGCAAAGGUAAGAAAUAAUAAGUUGAAGUAAAACAUUAAUACUCCACUACAAAAUACCCCUGAGGAUAUACAAGAGUAGCAGAUGUACAACAGUGUUGUAGGAGUGUGAUGACUGUGCACAAACACUAAAUCAAAGCAGAGAGAUGAUCUCAGUGUUAAGGCCUCAAUAAUUAGUUAUGCUAAUAUAAGUAGGUCAGACCCGUUUAAAAGAAAAGGUUUUGAUACCUGAUCUGAAUGGUCAUACUCGAAGAUGUUAACUCAGUUGUUCACGUGAGAAGUGACAGAAGUAGUUAUGUGAAGAAUGAAGAAAGCCUUGCACACUUUCACACUUACACACACAAGUCACUGUGUAAAGUGGGUGUGCCCGAUGGCCAGUGGAGCGUCCAGACUUGGCUGGGGUGGCACACGCACACACGCAAUAGCAUUAAUUUAGCCUUUCUGUCUCUUUAAUUCCGUGACAUCCAAAUCAUAGUUUGGUCAGCUUAGGUUUGUUGAAAAACCACUGAUUGAUUGAUAGUUUUUAUUUGUUUCUGCAACAAUAAGGUUCUGGAGUGACUAGAGAAAUGAUUAUCACUGUACUGUAAUUAGCUUUGGGAGGUUAUCCACAAGAUUGGUUGUUUCCCAUGUCUUUAUGGUGAUGUGUAAAACCACUGCCUGAUGUGUUUAUAACUUUAAUACAGUAUAAAUAAAAUCAACUAUUUUGAUAUUUGUC